CGGAUCAGCAUCUGCUUGUCGGAAGGAUGAAGAGCUUCUUCGCGUUUUGUGCAGCUGCUGCGGCUCUUGUGUGUGCUGAGAGCCAACUUGCCGCUCACAGUGACCACAAUCCUUGGGAUUGGAAUGGCGGUUAUCCCCAUGGAGGAUGGGGUACCUCUCGACAUAUGCCCGGUGGCCAGAAGCCUAUGCAACAAGACUAUUACAGCAAUUCCACCUUUAAGCAACUCAUCGAUCACAACAAUCCUGAUCUCGGAACUUUUGACCAGUUCUACUACUAUGAUACCACCUAUUGGAAGGGCCCGGGCUCGCCUGUGAUUCUCUUCACGCCAGGAGAAGUUAAUGCCACCAGAUAUUACAGCUAUCUCGGGACAAACCGCACCACUGGCUUGCUUGCUCAGCAGAUUGGUGCCGCGACCAUUGUCCUCGAGCAUCGUUACUGGGGCACUAGUACUCCUGUGACAGAACUCACCACCGACGACAUGCAGUAUCUCACGCUGGAGAAUUCCAUCAAGGACUUGACCUAUUUCGCACAAAAGGUCGAGCUUCCCUUUGCUAAACAUGCCAAGAGCAAUGCAAAGGAUGUGCCAUGGGUCACCAUGGGUGGAAGCUACUCUGGCGCACUCUCCGCGUGGACUGCAAGUGUUGAUCCGGGCACUCUGUGGGCUUAUCACGCGAGUAGUGCUCCUGUGCAGGCCGUGUCGGACUACUGGGGUUACUUCCUUCCUGUGCAGGAGGGAAUGCCAAAGAACUGCAGCAAGGAUGUUUCAAAGGUCAUCGACUACAUGGACGGAGUCUUCAUGAACGGAACUGCCGCCGAACAGCAUGCCUUGAAGGCAAAGUUCAAGAUGGCGGAUGUGGAGCACAACGACGAUUUCAUGGCAGCUCUGGAGAAUGGGCCUUGGUUGUGGCAAGGCAACCAAUUCUACACAGGUACAGGAUUCUUCGACUGGUGCGACUAUGUCGAGAACGCCUACAACGUCACAUCUCUCAACUUCACCGUCCCCGGCGCCGAAGGCGUAGGCCUCCAAAAAGCACUCAACGGCUACGCCAAAUGGUGGACCGAAGUAAUGCUCCCAGACUACUGCUCCGCAUACGACUACCCCGAAUUCCAAGGUCCCUUAAACACCGCCUGCUUCGACACCUACAACGCCAGCUCACCCCUCUACACCGACACCUCUCUCAGCAACCCCAUCGAUCGACAAUGGGUCUGGAUGACCUGCAACGAACCCUUCGGCUACUGGCAAGACGGCGCCCCCACCUCCCGCCCCUCCAUCGUCUCCCGCCUCGUCACCGCCGACUACUGGAUUCGGCAAUGCGGAUUAUACUUCCCUCCUGGCACCAACGGCUCCACAUACGGUCUCGCUCGGGGCCGCACUGAAGCUCACGUCAACGCGUACACGGGCGGAUGGAAUAUUACUUCCACGCAGAGAUUAAUUUAUGUGAAUGGUGAAUUUGACCCUUGGAGAGAAAGUGGCGUGAGUGCGGAAUUGAGACCUGGUGGCCCGUUAAAGGGGAGUGGGGAUGUUCCGGUGGAGGUUGUGACGGGCGGGUUUCAUACGUCGGAUUUGAUUACGAUGAAUGGGGAGGUUAAUGAGGCGUGUAGGGAGGUGCAGGAGAGGGUUUUGAAGCAGUUGGGGGAGUGGGUUGGGGAGUGGCCGGGAGAGGAGAAGGGGCCUGGAGGUUAUGAUGGGGGUGGUGGGAAGAUGAUGAUGAGGAAAGGGAGGGUUUU